CCCUCUUCCGCCAUCGCGUCGCGAACGGCGGCCAGAAAAAAGAAAAAAAAAAAACAGCAGCGCGCCGCACCAAUCUCCUCCUCCCCUAUCUUUCGACCCCGCGAGUGUUGAUCCGACAAUUUUGUCCAGGAAUUCAAGCCAAGUGCUAAUCCCUUGCGCGCCCGAUCUUGAGGCUCUGUGCUGCUGCCGCUGCCGCUGCGGUGAGAAACCCUAAGGAAUGGCGGAGGUGUCGACGGCGGCGGCGCCGGAGGGGGUGCUGCACCGGAGGAUAGAGUUCCACCUCGCCCGGAGCCCGCAUGCCACGGUGACCGUGGGGGGAGGCGGGUUCCGGAUGGAGACGCUGAACACGCAGGCCGCGGGUAAGGCCGGGGGCCCGGCGGCGGCGGGGAGCAGCGAGGGGGAUACGAGGAGGUCGGAGAAGGGGGACGCUGGCGGGAUCGAUCCGGAGCUCAGCGUCGCCAGGAUCUACCUCGGGAGAAUUGGUGCUGGUUUGCAAAAUCUUGGUAACACCUGCUACCUCAACUCGGUGCUGCAAUGCUUGACGUACACAGAGCCGUUUGCAGCAUAUUUGCAGAGCGGGAAGCACAAGUCCUCAUGUCGUACCUCUGGAUUUUGUGCAUUAUGUGCUCUGCAGAAUCAUGUCAAGGCGGCUCUACAUUCAACUGGAAAAAUAGUGACACCAUCGUUUAUUGUGAAGAACUUACGCUGCAUUUCCCGGAGUUUCCGUAAUUCAAGACAAGAAGAUGCACACGAGUUAAUGGUUAAUUUGCUCGAAUCCAUGCAUAAAUGUUGCUUACCUUCUGGGGUACCAAGUGAGUCGCAAAGUGCUUAUGAAAAAAGCUUAGUUCACAAAAUAUUUGGUGGCCGCCUUAGAAGUCAGGUGAAAUGUACACGGUGCUUGCAUUGUUCCAAUAAAUUUGAUCCUUUCUUGGACCUUAGUCUUGAUAUUGCCAAGUCCACAACUUUAGUGCGGGCACUUCAAAAUUUUACCGAGGAAGAGCUACUAGAUGGGGGUCAAAAGCAAUACCAGUGUGAACGCUGCAGGCAGAAAGUUGUAGCAAAGAAGAGGUUUACAAUUGAUAAGGCUCCAAAUGUCCUGACAGUUCACCUGAAGCGCUUUAGCCCUUUCAAUCCCCGUGAAAAGAUUGACAAAAAAGUGGAAUUCCAACCAGUUCUUGACUUGAAACCAUUUGUUAGUGAUUCUAAAGGUGCAGAUUUCAAAUACAGCCUUUAUGGUGUCUUAGUUCAUGCUGGCUGGAACACUCAAUCGGGUCACUACUUUUGCUUUGUUCGUACAUCCAGCGGGAUGUGGCACAAUCUUGAUGAUAACCAGGUGCGCCAAGUUCGUGAGGCAGAUGUAUUGAGGCAGAAGGCCUAUAUGCUAUUUUAUGUACGUGACAGUAUUGGGAAUCCACUGGCGCGCAAAGAUAAUAGCACUGUUAAUUUGACCACAAAGAAAACCCCUGAAAAGAUCUCUACCCUUAAUGGUAUUACCCAAGGCAGUGUAAAAGCAGAACAUUUGAAUGGUUCAUCUCCAUUUGGUGAUAAGAUGCACAACACAAGUAAUGGCUAUUCUAGCAUUUUUGGCAAGACUUCAGGAGACCAUUUUUCAAAGAAUGAAGUCAAAGCUGAAAAUGUAGCAGCCUCUCAAAGCAACGGCCUGCCUUCCACACGAGCUCUUGGACCUCAAAAUGAUGGUGUUACCUUGCCUGUUAAAUCAAUUCAGUGUUCUGUAAAUGGCCAGGAGACCUCUUCCUCCCAUCAACCUUUAUUAUUUGCCAAUACUUUUGGUAAACAAACAGUUGUUGGGAGGUCUUUGCAGGAAGUGGAACCUAAGGUUGAGGCAGGGAAAAGUACUUCUGUUGCCUCUCCCAUGGUCAAUGGUGCUGGUACAUUGUCCAAGGCAGAUAAACUUGCUUCUCAACCUCAAACAACUGCAUUGUCAAAGCCAACUGCCCAUGUAAAUGACACAUCUGCAGGGGUUGCUGCACAGACUUCAUUAAAGAAGGAUUCUAUUAUUUCAAAUGGUGUCGUGCCUGGCUCUGGAUCUCUUACUUCCAGUGAGAAAGCCAAGGACUUGCCAGGAUCUGCUGAGCAAGGUAAUGACAUCGUAAAGGCACUUCCUAUGAGCCAGAACAAAACUGCACCGGAACUGGCACAAGUCAAUUGUGGACAACAGAUCAGCUCUGGUGGUUCUGCGCAUGUUGCUGUGGCUGCUUCAUGCAAUGGCACUGCAGCUCAAAAGGCAAAUUUGAAGUCAAAGAAGUUUGUGAGGUAUCCUGUUGUGAACAUGUGGUUAGGUUCCAAAAAACUGUUGGUGGCUUCACUAAAGCCAGGGAAGAAAACAAAACACAAGCGAACUAGAAGACGUCUUGUGGGUUGCAAGGACAUGGCAAAUAUAUCUUGUUUAGGUGACAGUAUGAGUGAGCAGCUGACAUCAACAUCAACAACUGCACAAUCUGAAGCCAUAGAGUGUACCUCCGGCCGGAAACGCUCACAUGCUAGUGAAAGGCCCGAAAAUGAUACUCAGUCCUCCAAAAACAAGCAGAAGGUUAAUGGAGCAUGUGUUGAUACUGAGACAAAUGCACCUUCUGCUAAUGCUGACAUUCCAAAGUCUGGUCCAGGCUCUUCCUUAGGCCAGACGCAAUCAAGGAAAAAUGUAGAUGCCAAGUUGGGAGUGCCCCAACCUGUCAGUAUUCGUGCGUCGGACCUGAUGGAAGCUACUGUUCCAUGCUGGGAUGACAUAGACAUGCCAAAUACCAAGGUUGCAGAGGGACUACAUUCAAAACGCAGCAUUGGUUACGUCUUAGAUGAGUGGGACGAGGAGUACGACCGAGGAAAGACAAAGAAAGUGCGGAACUCAAAGCAAGAUUUCGGCGGGCCAAACCCCUUCCAGGAGGAGGCAAACUACAUCUCGCAGCGGAGGUCGAAGCAAAAAUCUUACCAGGGCAAAUCUUGGAACAAGCCUAACAUGACAGAAGGGUUGAGAAUAUGAGACAGAGAAUUCCCCCAAAGACGCACAGAUACCGCUGUUGUUAUGUUAUGUUGUAGCACCCAUUGGUGAAGAGAUUCGAGUUACACCAUUCGUCAUUUGUCGUGGUUAUGUUGUUUUAGCAGUUUUGAUAGACAUUUGAACCGGUUGUAACGUGUUUUUGUAGCGGAACAGGCGAAAGCCAGACAAUGUGCUCGGACCUCAGCUGUUUGUUAUUUAUCGAUGUCGAAUAAUAUGCUGUUCAGUUAUAUGAUAAA